ACACUGUGUAGUGAGACGAGUCACUUGUGUUGAGACGAGUCACAUGUGUUGAGACGAGUCACUUGUGUCAUAAGAGUCUGCUAGUAGUGCCGCCUGGAUUAAGAUAUUCCAAGAUGAACCAAGCGGAGAUAAGGAAGCUCAUCCCAGCCAUCCGUGUUGGAGUUUGUGCUAAACGCAAGAAAUUCUCCAACCCCAAAGGCCCAGAAGGAAGGUUACACAUGCUGAGGGCUACAGUGUCUGAUCUAAUAAAAAAUGAACGGAUUGAGCUAAAUUACCCCAGGGCUGAUGAGGCAAGAGGUUACACUGAGCGACUUAUUGCCGAUGCCAUUAAGUACGGAGACUGUUACAGACCCACAAUGGAGACAGCUGACUACUGGUUGACAGAAAAGCAGCUGGUACAUAAAUUAUUUAAGGUUCUAGUUCCACGCUACAAGGAUACAAAGGAUUCCUACACCCGGGUGCACAAAGCACCAAACAUAUACCCUGGCUACUUCUAUGAGCGGUCUGUUCUAGAACUAAGAGGUAACCCAUUUCCUCCACUUGAAAAGAAGAAGUCAACUCGAAAUUGGGUACACAACAUUCUCCUUGAAGAACAACAGAGAAUAAUUAAAAAAAUGUAUGCCUGAAAAUGAUGAACAGAAUUGAACUAAUUUAUGUUAAAUAAUUUUAAGCAUUUAUGCCCGGAGUUUUAAUCAUCCUCCUUCCCUCUUUGGCGAAGAACUUGCAGGUAGGAGUCAUUCCUUCAAGCAGUAGUUAUAAUUGUUCGAAGCUCUUCCCUUCCGUGGAUCAAAAGUAGGGUUGGUAAGCCUGUCCUUUUUCGUUGAUGCUUUAAGCUAGGAUUCCAUUCACACAUUAGUGCCAAAAAUGGAUCACAUUGAAAUGUACACGUUGUUUAUUGGCACAUUCAUAGCGUAAUGCAUUUUCAGUACAUACCAAUCACUCUGUAGCAAUUGAAAAUGCAAAUGAAUGGAAUCCUAGCUUUAUGGGUCAUUUUACUUGUGUGGUUGGUAUGCCGAAGGGCAUUUGUUUAUAAAUGCUGGUGCCAAUAUCAAAACUGCAUAUGGACAGUUAUCAAUAUAGGAGAUUUUAUUAUCAUUACGAGGAAAAAAGGUUAUAUUGUCCAGAUGAAAACUCACUUACAAAACUGUUAAGAAGUUGUAUUUACCUUAAAUGUGCUUACUAUUAAUAUAUGUCUCAAAGUUUAGUGAUGAUGUCCUACCAGUGAAAUUUGAUUCUAUCCAUUUUAAGAUUGCUAGCCCGGAAAAUUGCUCAUUUAUAUUUUCCAGAUGAAAACUCACAAAACUGCAAAAAUAUUGAAUAAAUUGUCUUAAGUGCUCUGAUUAGUAUCAGUGCUUGUAAGAUGAGAUGACUCCAGCAGCUGAACGAGCUUGUAUUUGCAAAACAAAAGAUAGUCUCUUGAAAAUUUCAUGAUAUUGGCCGUAAAAAUAUUAAUGUAAAAAACUGGUUUAUUAAAUUAGCAUUGUUUUUUCUUUGUUCAUUAAUCAUAUUUCCUAUAAAUAUUCAAUAAAACAAAACAAUUACAAAGAGGGUAACAAAGAUUAGCUACUAGCCACAUCUUGAAAUUCCAAUACUAUUAGUUCAUUUUUCCGUGCCCCCUUCGAUGUGUGCUGCAGGGCGGGGUCCUUCACAUUUAAAACUGGUUGUCUACAUGACGAACCCGUCAACGGAAGAUGAUGAUUAAAACUGGGUGUUAGUCUCUUAACCCUGUAUCUAAACUGUAAAUACUGUAAAGGCUUCGAAUGAAACCUGUAUGUUAUUAAACAUUGCUCUUUGAA